UCUCCCUUCCUUCUCGCUUUCUCUGUUUUGCGCGUGCAACGGAGCACAAAGCCUGACGCUAUAUUUCUUGAUAGAAUUUUAGAAAAGAAAAAUAAAGCGAGGGUUGAAGCUUCCUCUGGAGCACCUCGCUUAUCUGCAAGAUUUUACGCAUCACCUGUUUUGUCCAAAUCUGUUAUGCGUAUAGCCAGGACCACAAUCGGCUAUGGUUAUGGGAAAAAAAUUCUGUUUCACAUUUGCGGCAGCUUAUAGCUUGCAUGUGGAACAGAAGAAUAAUCUCCCAAUAAUAUUGUAAAUUUUAUGGUGCCAAGAGUGGCAAGGUGCUUGGAACAGCAUAUUGAACAUAUCAGACAAGUACUGGAUUAGCACACCAAGGAAAUCUGCAUAAGUUGGUGAAACUUUUGAAGAGUCUAUGCUCUGGUCCCCAUUUGGUCUGUGGACUUAGAUGGAUGUUUCUUUUCUUGGACCAAAUAGUGCACAAGCUGACCAAUACUUCUUGUUAAUGGAGCAAGCCCAAAGCCAUAAUGAUCGUGACCACAUUAUUGUCAUAACAAGAAAUGAUGAUUCUUCAUCAACUUCAUCUAGCGAUGAGCAGCAUCCUGGGGUGGACUUAUCUCAACUCGAAGACAGUGAAUCAAGCAGCCGAAGAACCUCCCCUCGUCUACCUCCAUCUUCCUCAAAUAGACUAAGCUCUAGGAAUGCUGCAUUCACAAGGAGAGGUGAUGGAUAUGGUCGUCGUCGUAGGAGCCCUUUGAAUUCUGGACUCUGGAUUUCUGUUGAAUUACUUGUUACUGUGGGUCAGAUUGUAGCCUCAAUUGUUGUUCUGUCACUAUCAAGAGAUGAAAAUCCACAAGCCCCUCUCUUUACAUGGAUUGUGGGUUAUGCUUCUGGUUGUGUUGCAACUCUUCCCCUUCUUUAUUGGCGUUUCCGUAACCGCAACCAGGGUACAGAAGAGUCCAUACAGUCGCAUGGUUCUUCUCAAAUCAGUUUUCCAGAGUCUACACCUUAUACAGCUAUCUCAGUUACUCAAACUCCAGAUGAGGAAAAUCAUCACGCAACGAGGAGCAAUCAACUUAGAGGAACCCCAAGUACGAGACUCAAUGGAUUGGUGGACCAUUUCAAGAUGGCUCUUGAUUGUUUCUUUGCGGUGUGGUUUGUUGUGGGCAAUGUGUGGAUUUUUGGAGGUCACUCUUCUCCCUCAGAUGCUCCUAAACUGUACAGGUUAUGUAUAGUGUUCCUUACUUUUAGCUGCAUUGGGUAUGCCAUGCCAUUUAUACUCUGCACUACAAUCUGCUGCUGCUUGCCUUGCAUAAUUUCUGUCCUGGGUUUUCGGGAGGAUUUUUCUCAAACUAGAGGAGCCAGCAUUGAAUGCAUUAAUGCUCUGCCAAUAUACAAGUUCAGGUCAAAGAAAAAUGGUAAUAUCGGUGAUCAAGACAAUUCAAGAGAAUGUGAAGGUGGGAUCCUGGGUGCAGGGACUGAAAAGGAACGAUUGAUUUCAGGAGAGGAUGCUGUUUGCUGCAUCUGUCUGGCCAAAUACGAAGACAAUGAUGAACUAAGGGAGCUACCCUGCUCCCAUGUCUUCCAUGUGGAGUGUGUGGAUAAAUGGUUAAAAAUCAACGCAUCAUGCCCGCUCUGUAAAAGUGAGGUCGGUGAGAGUGGUAACGUGACAUCAGUAGGCAGAGAUACCAGCCAGAACUGAAGCAAUGGGAGAUUGCCGAAGAUCAUGUUUGUAUGCUCAGCCUGGGAAGCAAUUGAACCUUGGGUAGGAGAAUGCAUAAUCCUUGGUAAGUUAACAGAUUCUCCAGAAGCAGAAAAGACUAACUCGGGAAGGUGGUUCUCUUGAUGUAUGCUGCAGCUCAUACCCAUCCAUAACUUGUGGGGUGUAAAAGCAAGAGUAUAGUUCCCAACCAGCUUUUUGGUUGAAUUGUUUAAUACAGCCUGUACCGGGAGAGAGAAAUGGAGAUCUGCCGCAUGUUUAUGGAAACUGUAUAAUAACUAUAUAUAUAAGGAAGGCAGUGCAUUGUAUUGAGAUACACACAUUACAUUGGAUGUGGAUAGCUCAUGUUCUUUUGCAGUUGUAAAUUGAAAGCUACCACAAUGAGUAAAUAAGAUUGGAAAUGCUUGGUCUCUAA